UGUGAAUUAUGUAGUUUAUAUUAUUCAUUAAGGAUAGUUUAGUACUUUAGGUUAUUAGGGUUUCAUCCUAUUGCUUAUAUAUUUGUACUUCUUUUGAUUAAUCAAUUGACACAAGUUUUGUCAUCUGUUAACAUGGUAUCAGAGCUAAGUUUCAAACAUCAGCAUACCUGUCGCAGUCGUUCUUCGCAAGGUUGUUGUCGCAGCUCUUUCUUCCUCUUCGCAAGGCUUCAUUGCAAGGCUUCGAUGAUCUGUCGCAUUCGUAGGUCAUCACCGAAGCAGUUGGUUCUGGUUCAAUCGAAACCUUAGGAAGCCGUCAUCGCUGGUCUGUGGUCCUUCGUCACUGGUCUCUGGUCCACUCGAAGACCUAGGUUGGGUAUCUCACUGAUCUGUAGUCCUUCAUCGCUCUGGUCUGUGGUCCUUCAUCGUUGGUCUCUAUCUUUGUCUUCAUCGCUGGUCUCGAUCUUUGUCUGGUUCAGUUGAGGACGAGGACCAAACAUCGCUACUCUUCACAGGUCGAGCAUCUCUUUCUCUCUUCUCUACUGCCUUUUACUCUGUUUUGAAUGCACUGUAGUUUGGGUAUACAAUAUGGCUGAUGAUAAAUUGCAAGCUAUUACUACUAAAUUAGAUGGUACCAAUUAUUCUUAUUGGUCUCAUGUGAUGAAAAAUUUUAUAAUGGGUAAAGGCAUGUGGAAUUAUGUUAUUGGUAUAACUAUUAGACCUGUGGAAUCUCAAGAAACUGUGGCCGAUGUUGCUAAAUGUGAUAAAGAAAAUGCACAAAUUCUUACUUGGUUUCAUAAUUCAGUUCAAACUACCAUUGGUAUGAAUUUUUCCAAGUAUUCUACUUUUAAACAAGUUUGGGACUAUUUGAAGACUAUGUACCUUGAGUCUAACUUUGCAAAACAGUAUGAACUUGAGAUGUCUAUUCGCAGUGCUAGUUAGAAAGAUAAGUCCAUUCAGGAGUUCUACAAUGAGAUGACUACUUAUUGGGAUCAGCUAGCUUUGAUGGAACCGUCCGAUUUGCAGCUACUUGACAGUUAUAUCAAGUAUCGGGAGAAACAACAUCUUGUUCAAUUUCUCAUGGCCCUUUGUGAUCAAUUUGAGCCACUUCGGGGAACUAUUCUUCAUCGGUCUCCCUUGCCUUCUAUGGAUGGUGCUGUCCGUGAGCUUAUUGCGGAAGAAACUCGGUUUAAGGUGGCUCAUGGUACUCCUGCUUCCCAGUCAGUUUUUGCCACUCCUCCGCUCUUGCCCACCCCAUCUUCUCAUUUAUUUCAAGUUACUGGUAAGCCCAAGCCUCGAGUUUCCAUGGAUGAGUACAGCUUCUGUCAUCAGAAAGAUCAUUGGAAACAUGCAUGUCCUAAACUUUUGCAGCCCAAGGGUCGUUCAUCUGGUUCACCAUUCGCUAAGCCGACAUUUUCAGGAUCUCGCUCAUCUGCCGCCUUUUCUGCACCAGUUUCUGAGAAUGAUCCAUCUUUCAAUAUGCAGUCUACGUUUGAGCAGUUCAAGUCUUUCAUGGUGGCCAAUCCAAAUCUUUCGUCCCAAGCCUCCGCUAUGACUACCACUCAGUUCGGUUUGUCUGGUUCAUCCUCUUCAGGACCGGGUAUCCAAGAGGCAGAUUGGGAUCGGGCGUAGAGUUGGAGAACUAUACAUCUUGGACAGCUUACAUGUUCCUCUAGAAGUGUCUUCUACUGCAUUGUCUUCUUUUUGUUUAAACAAUAAGUCCUCUUUG